UAUAUAAGAUUAACAAGGACGAAGGUGUUGCAAGAUACUUCAGGUUCGUACUCGUUCUGAAAUAAGCGAUUGCGUGCGCGUAAGUAACUAGCGUGAGGGGAUCGACAGUGUCUCUCCUUUGCACGUUCAAAGGGGACACCUAGGUCUUCUUUAGUGGCACCCGAGCUAAUGACGGCUACGUGUCUUCUUUAUGGAUCUCUAAGACUAUUCCACUUAACAGCAUUGAGUUUGUUUCCUUACCGUGAAUAGUAAUUAAGAACUGAUAUCACUGUGCUUCUUUUUUUAUUUAUUUUUUUCCAUCGUUUCUAUUUAUUGUUUUUUUUUUUUGUAAAAACUUUAUUAUUGAUGCGUUUGAUUUUGAAAAAUUAAAUAAAAAUUUAGAAUUCUUUUUAAAUCAAAGCAAUAAUUAGAAAAGUUAUGAUAUCUAAUGAUUCAUUCUGAUGUCAAUGGAAAUUAGGAUCGCAUGAUUAUUCAGUUAUAUAUUUAUUGUAAAAAGAUUUGAGCGGGAUUCGACUAAUACUCAAAAGAGAAUGACAGCCGAUGAAGAGAGUGAACCAUUGAUACCAGCAACGAAAGCUGCUUCUAGUAGUAAUAAGCAGCAACAAAGAGUCUCCUACCAUGCGAUUUUGUUUGAAAAUAAUGAACAAUUUACGCUGGAAGGUGAAAGUCCAGAGACAAUCUUAUGCAUGGAGCCUAUUUUCCAUUCAUCGACUAGAAUAUCACAACUAUGCGGUACUUCGAAUGACAAGAUUACAUACACAUGGAGCGACAUAAAUGCAUACGUUACUACAAAAAAGGACACAAUAUGGGAGCGUACUCUUUUUAAAAAUAAAAGGCCACUGGAACAAAGGCAUAUAUUAAAAGACGUAUCUGGAGUGGCCUAUCCUGGUGAAUUGUUAGUAAUUAUGGGAUCAUCAGGUGCAGGAAAAACAACCUUGUUGAAUGCGUUAACUUUUCGAUCUGGUCCUGAUGUCACAGUAUCGGGAUUGAUGGCCGCCAAUGGUAAAAGAGUGUCGUCAAAAGUUCUAACAUCUAGGACAGCAUAUGUACAACAAGACGAUCUUUUCAUCGGAACUUUGACUGUUAAAGAACAUUUGCUUUUUCAAGCGAUGGUUCGUAUGGACAAAUAUAUAUCAUUUGAGCAAAGAAAAAAAAGAGUUAACGAGGUCAUUAACGAGCUUGCUUUAACGAAAUGUAAAAAUACAAUAAUUGGAAUGCCGGGUCGCAUGAAAGGUCUCUCGGGUGGUGAAAUGAAGAGACUCUCUUUUGCUUCAGAAGUUCUUACUGAUCCACCCUUGAUGUUUUGCGACGAACCAACUUCCGGUCUUGAUUCUUUUAUGGCGCAUCAGGUUGUCUCUGUUUUAAAAACCUUAACAGCACGUGGUAAAACAAUCAUUGCAACACUACAUCAACCAUCCUCCGAAUUAUUUACCCUUUUUGAUAAAAUUCUGUUGAUGGCCGAGGGAAGGGUCGCUUUUAUGGGCACAACGACGCAAGUUUGCGACUUCUUUAAAACAUUAGGAGCUGCUUGUCCUAGUAAUUACAAUCCUGCCGAUUAUUUCAUUCAAGUUCUUGCCGUAGUACCUGGACGAGAAGCAUCAUGUAGGCAUUCGAUAAACACAGUUUGCGAUACUUUUCAAAAGAGCGAAUAUGGACUGAAAAUAGCUUUGGAAGCUGAGACAGUGAAUGGUGAAUUUGAGAAUUCUCUUAAAGAGGCAAUAUAUCCAAAUAAUAUGAGAUCACCCUAUAAAGCCUCAUGGUGCGAACAAUUUUGUGCUGUAUUAUGGAGAUCUUGGCUUGCGGUGAUUAAAGAACCGAACCUCAUCAAAGUCCGCCUUUUGCAGACUAUACUAGUUUCACUGUUAAUUGGUAUCGUCUAUUUUAAUCAACGUUUGGAUCAAGACGGUGUAAUGAACAUCAACGGUGCCCUUUUCAUUUUUCUAACAAACAUGACCUUCCAGAACGUUUUCGCUGUGAUUAACAUAUUUUGUGCUGAACUUCCGGUAUUUUUAAGAGAACACCGCAGUGGCAUGUAUCGUACGGACGUUUAUUUCAUUUGUAAAACACUGGCAGAAGCACCGAUUUUUAUAGCUGUUCCUUUAUUGUUUACAAUAAUCGUUUAUCCAAUGAUUGGUUUAUAUUCCGGUGUGAAUCAUUUUUUUAUUACCGUUGGCAUUGUAACUCUUGUUGCCAACGUUUCUACUUCAUUCGGCUAUCUCAUAUCAUGUAUUAGCACCAACAUCUCAAUGGCUCUCUCGAUAGGACCUCCAGUGAUAAUACCUUUUCUAUUAUUUGGAGGAUUUUUCUUAAAUGCAGGAUCCGUGCCACCAUACUUUGAAUGGCUCUCAUAUUUGUCCUGGUUCCGAUAUGGAAACGAGGCUCUUCUUAUUAAUCAAUGGGCAGAUGUAGAGACAAUAGAAUGUACCAGAAGUAAUUCGACCUGUCCAAAAAAUGGACAUAUGGUUCUUCAAAUCUAUAAUUUCAAGCAAGAAAAUUUUUGGAUGGAUAUAGUUUGUUUAUUUUCUCUGAUCAUAGUGUUCCGUUUUCUAGCGUUUCUUGCUCUGUUAUCGAAGACACGUCGUUCUAGAUAGAUCUAAAGAAAUUUUAUCUCUGUCACUGCUUCAAUCCACUAAUGCAAAGAUAACAUUCUUUAUAUUUUUGAUGUUUUAAGUACAAAUAAACAAGCUUAAAAGUUUUAUUCGA